UUGGCGGUUGAAUCCAAACACACACUCUCACCCAGAAAAUUAAACCAGAACGAAAGUGACACCAAAAAAAAAAAAACCAAUACGCAAUCACAGGGAAGAAGAAUCAAAACCUAACGGUCCUCGUGUUCCAUUAAACUCUCAGAACAACUCUCAUUUUCCUUUUCGCCAAACACCGACCUCGUUUCCGAUCAUAGCUCCCCCCACAAUGCCCUCGAUUCGAUUCGUUUUGGGUUUUCGGGCUGAUUCUUUGUGUGAUCCCAAACCGGAACUGCUGCAAUUGAUUUGAGGCAUUGAAUUCGAUUGCAGUGUGAGGAAUAUUGGAUUUGAUUGGAAAUGAGCACGCAAAAGCAGCAGGUGACGAUUCGGGACCUAGCCGAGGAGGCCAAGAAGCGGAUUGUGUUUCUAGCCAUAUGCGUUGUGGGUUUAUCAUACCUCAUGUCAUUGACAAGUUCCUCUGUCUGGAUCAACCUGCCUGCUGCUGCGUUGUUAAUUCUCAUUGGCCGUUAUCUAUCACUGGAUUUUGAGACGAAGAGAAAAGCUGCAGCAUAUAACAGCAAACCACCUGCUGCAAACACUCUCUCCCAAAAGAAACCUUUUGAAAGGCCUAAAGUUGUUGAUGGAUCUGAGUGGAGAAGGAGAGUGAAUUCUCCUGUUGUUGAGGAUGCAAUAGAUCACUUUACUAGACAUAUAGUUUCUGAGUGGGUGACUGAUCUCUGGUACUCAAAGUUAACACCUGAUAAAGAAGGUCCAGAGGAACUAGUGCACAUAAUGAAUGGAGUUCUUGGAGAGUUUUCAGCACGCAUGAGGAAUAUAAAUCUGAUUGAUCUUCUAACAAGGGAUCUUAUAAAUCUCAUUUGCACACAUUUGGAGCUCUUUCGUGCAACUCAAGCAAAGAUUGAAAAGAAGGAAGAGCUACUAACAAUUGAACACCGAGACAUAGAAUUAAGACUCAUCCUGUUUGCUGACAAGAAGCUGCACCCUGCUUUAUUUUCUGCUGAAGCCGAGCAUAAGGUUUUGCAGCAUAUGAUGGAUGGUCUCAUUUCUUUCACGUUCAAGCCUGAAGACCUGCAAUGCUCGUUCUUUCGUUAUGUUACCCGGGAGCUACUUGCGUGUGCAGUAAUACGACCUGUCUUAAACUUAGCCAGUCCAAGGUUUAUUAAUGAACGAAUUGAAUCUGUGGUUGUUAAUAUGAACAAGUCCAAACAAGCAGUGAGGCCAGUAUGUGGGGCAUCUCAACCCAAAUCAGACGAUCCUACAAAGAUUUCACCUGAUCAUUUUUCCAGAUUCUUGGAUUCUUCUGUAACUGGAGUAGAACUUGUCCAGUUAAAAAAUGAUCAGUCAAGAAGCGAUACAGAUACACAUGCAGCAGAGAAUGGCAAUGGAAAUCUUUCAAAAGAUCCAUUGCUUUCUAUUGAUACUCAAUCCACCCGUUCAUGGAGUUCGUUGUCCAUGAAUUCCCAAACUAAUGAUGAAGCAGGUAUUCAACGACAUCGCUCUGGAGGAGAAUGGGGUGAUAUGUUGGAUGUUGUUUCUCUCAGAAAAACUCAAGCCCUGGCUCCAGAACAUUUUGAAAACAUGUGGGCAAAAGGAAGAAACUACAAAAACAAAGAAGGUGACGAUCGCUUAAAUGAGCAUGUUCCUCAGGGCUCCUCUCAUGGAAAUUUGAUAACAGAGAAUAGCACUAAAGCAGCGUCCAAGCUCAGAGAUAAAGUGACGAGACCGAGUUCUUCCGAGAGCAGUCACAUCCAGUCUGGAUGUACUAAUAAGUUGAAGGAGACAAACUCAUCCCAUCAAACAGUCCAGGAUAUACCAAGUCAAUCUCUAGUUAAUUCGGAUGUGGAGUAUCUAGACUCAGGAAAUGACACAUCAUAUACUUCUGAAGAUGAAAAUAGCAGUAUAACAGGCCUAGGUUCUCCUGGAACUAAAGUUUGGGAUGGUAGGAAUAAUAGAAAUGUUGCUGUUUCUCACAUUCAUCAUCCACUUGAAAAUUUUGAGAGCCAUAAUGCAAAGAAAACUGCUAAGGGGUGUGCUCGCUAUCAAAGAUUGCAUAAAAACCAGACUAGUCGGAAAAGAUCUCGACCAAGCAAUCAGAAUGUGCAUGUUUGGCAGGAGGUUGAGAGAACAAGCUUCUUGUCUGGGGAUGGGCAGGAUAUACUUAAGUCUUCCAAAGGACGUGCAAAUGAUGAGGACUAUAGUGAUGAUUCUGAUAUGGACAGUUUUGGUAGGGUUCAUAGUGGUGCAGCUGCUUCUUCAUCUGCACUCUCUUCUUCUGCUGCAGAAAAUCAUAAUCUGGUUGUCAAUUCCCUGAAAAAUUCGUUGGCAGUUGAUUCAUUUUAUAAAUUGAGAUGUGAGGUAUUGGGUGCAAAUAUUGUCAAGAGUGGCUCUAGGACAUUUGCUGUCUACUCCAUAUCUGUUGUUGAUGUUAAUAAUAAUAGUUGGUCUAUUAAAAGAAGGUUUCGCCAUUUUGAGGAACUACAUCGGCGUCUGAAAAUGUUUUCUGAAUAUACUCUUCACCUGCCACCAAAGCAUUUUCUCUCAACUGGUUUGGAUGUAGUUGUCAUUCGAGAACGGUGUAAAUCGCUUGACGAUUAUAUUAAGAAGCUUAUGCUGCUUCCAACAAUUUCCGGAUCAAUUGAAGUUUGGGAUUUUCUGAGUGUUGAUUCUCAGACAUAUACUUUCUCCAAUUCCUUUUCCAUCGUUGAAACUUUGUCAGUUGGCCUAGAAGAUAAGCCAUCUGAAAGAAGUAAAGGCGUUUCAAACUUUGGUGGAUUGGAUGGCUCUUCUUUAAAUAGAGAACAUCUAAGUACUGAACGCCAGGAACCUGCAUUACGGAUGAGGAAUAAUGCAUCUGGGUUUAGAUUAAACACAUCAAAAGCCAUGAAUUAUUCUCCUGUGAAAAUUCUUGGCAAAGAAAUUACAGAGACAUUUGACAAUUCUGGUGGUGCUUCUGAAACUAAGGCACAAAAAGAUGCAUCCUCUCUUAGAAAGUUGGGAAAAGCUGUCAAAGGAAGAAAAAGUGAUAGGGCAGAGGUAGCGUCAGAGUCGCUUUUAGAUACUGCAACUGACCUGACCCUUCCCACAGAGUGGGUGCCACCAAAUGUAAGUGUUCCCAUACUGGAUUUAGUUGACGUCAUUCUCCAGCUCCAAGAUGGUGGAUGGAUCAGGAGACAAGCUUUUUGGGUGGCCAAACAAAUCCUACAACUAGGAAUGGGAGAUGCCUUUGAUGAUUGGUUAAUAGAGAAAAUCCAGCUUCUGCGGAAGGGGUCUGUGGUUGCUUCAGGGAUCAAGCGGCUUGAACAGAUACUCUGGCCUGAUGGAAUAUUCCUAACCAAGCGCCCAAAGAGACGCACAUCAUCAUCUUCAAAUACAACCCCAGGUUCGCCCAAUGAUCAGCAACAUACAGAAGUAUCAUCGCCUAAAAUGGGUGAUGACCAACAAGAGGCAAACCGACGUGCAAAUUUUGUUUAUGAGCUAAUGAUUGAAAAAGCACCUGCUGCUAUUGUUGGUCUUGUUGGUCGCAAGGAAUACGAACAAUGCGCCAAUGAUCUAUACUUCUUUCUUCAGUCAUCUGUUUUCUUGAAGCAACUGGCUUUUGAGCUUCUGGAGCUGAUUCUGUUGUCAGCAUUUCCAGAACUGGAGAACUCAUUUAAGCAGUUGCAUGAUGAAAAGCAUAAAUUUGGUGAGUUUAAACCGCAUUAGAGGGUGUCUAUUCUUGAGUAUUGACGACACGAUUCUGUUGUCAAAUUGAGAUUUUGCCAACGAAAUAUCAUUGCCUUUCAAUUGAACUUUUUCCGUGUCGAAUUCAUUGAGAAGUCCGAGUUGUGUAAUGAUAUUUUGAUAUCGCAGCAUCUUUGACGAAAUUGUACGUAAAAUAUAAGAUCAGUGCAAAUAUACGAUAUUUCGUACCAA